CGAGAGAGGGAAGUGAUUAAUAAUAGUUUCUAACAAGUAUUGACAAUGGAAGGUAAAGUAAUUAGUCGACACCUUCGAUCUCUGUAAUUUAUUUGUUCUUUAUUUUAUUGAGAUGAAAAGAAAAAUUGACCUCGUCAGGAUUUGAGAACAGAACGUAAAACCUGAAGAAAUGCUGCAAAAUUAACGCUGUGAAUUUUAGCAAAAGUCCAACAAUUUCGUUUCGGUUUUUAAAGCAAACCAUUUGAUUUUAUACAUUCCCCAAUUUCCUUAGUUUGGAAUUCUUCCGGGAACUUGUUUUCAAGGCUAGUUCUCGUAGCAAAUUUUCUUUGAUCUCUUCUCUCGCCUGAAAUUAGCGACUUUUCUAAAUGGUUUGUAUAUCGAAACUGCUGUGAAGAGACUAUUUCGAAGAUAACAAGCUCGAUUGAAUUAUUAUCAUAUGACGUUGGCAUCAAAGAAUUCUUACAUCUGGUUCAUCAGCAAAAUUUUUCAUGUUCUACAGACUGAAAGGAAGAUGUUAUACGCUGAACAUAUAUAUGAUAUUAAUUGCAGCAUUUCUCUAUAUCACUGUUUGGAAUAUUUACAAUGUGAUUUUGCCUUCUUAUUAAAUUUAGAUUACAAAUGAGUUUUCAGAAUCUUUAAAUAGCAACAAUGCACACAGUUGAUGGAAAUAUAGCAAUUAAAAUAUAUUUGUUGGGGUUCAACUAUAAAAAUAAAACAGACUAAACAUCUAUAAAUUGUGGUGAGAGAAGAAUAAUUAUGGAAAAUAAAUUGACUAAGAACAAGGUUAAUUUUAAAACACAAUCUAAAAGGAUUGAUUCUCCUGAUGGUAUGAAGACAGGAACAAGUAAAACAUCAUACAAGUGUGAUAUCUGUAAGAAGAUAUUUUCUCAAAAAGGUAACCUCAUUAGACACAACCGUAUUCAUACAGGAGAUAAACCAUAUCACUGUGAUAUCUGUGGUAAAUCAUUCACUCGACAUGAACAUGUAACUACACAUAAACGCAUUCAUACAGGAGAGAAACCAUAUCACUGUGAUAUCUGUGGUAAAUCAUUCUCUCGACAUGAACAUGUAACUACACAUAAACGCAUCCAUACAGGAGAGACACCGUAUCAGUGUGAUAUCUGUGGUAAAUCUUUCUCUUAUGGAAAUACCUUAGUUACACACAAACGAAUUCAUACAGGAGAGAAACCAUAUCAUUGUGAAAUCUGUGGUAAAUCAUUUUGUGAAAAAAGUGUCUUAACUAUACAUGGACGUAUUCACACAGGAGAGAGACCAUAUCACUGUGAUAUCUGUGGUAAAUCAUUCUCUCAGAGUGGUGUGUUGACUUCUCAUAAACGUAUUCAUACAGGAGAGAAACCACAUUACUGUGACAACUGUGGUAAAUCAUUCUCUGGAAGUAGUGACUUAAUGUUUCACAGAUGUUUUCAUACAGACGAGAAAUCUUAUUCACACGUAGGUAUUCAAACAGAAAAGUAAAUGUAUUGUUGGCAAAAUUUAGAUUGGAGUAAAUAAAAUAGAGCAAAGGUU